AUGCAUCGCAUCCCUGCCCUCCUCGCUCUGCCGCUGGCCGUCUCAACUCCCGCCAGUGCCCACGCCCUCGAACUCCAGAUCCAGAAUCCCAAUCACAUCUUCAACGCCAUCCACAGCUCCAUGCGACAAUGGGGAAGCUCUCUCAACCACAACGGCAUGUCCUACUUCCUCGCCACCAUCCCCCAAGGCACCCAACUAUACCAUGGCACCGACACGCCUGAUCGCGUCAACGGAACCGAAUGGCUGGCCUUCGAGCCCGAACACGCCUCCAUGUUUGCUCGCCCACGACGAGCUCCUCCCGGCAGAGGUGGCCCACCUGGUCCGCCUCCCAACCACGCGUCCGAUGACGAGGACGAUUGGCAUCCGCCGCAAGCACCAGACGAGCAUUCGAAUCACAAAUCCUGGUAUCACGGACCUCCUCCUCACGACGGCCCCUCGCCUGACGCUCCGCCUCCCGGAUUUUCCGACGAGCCUCGCGACGGCUGGAAACAUGGAUUGAGGCGACGAGACCAUGGCGAGGACCAGGGAGACAGACCACGAACUCACACUGCCGCACAGCGAGAGCAUGCGAGGCAACGGGUCGAGCAGAACGAGAGCAAGAAGUCCGCCUUCAAAUUCGGGAGCAAGAAGCCCGAUCCCAAUGAGGACGCCGAGGCGCAUGGCUACCUCCACACCUACCGACCCAAGCACGAUCUUCGCCUCCUCUACAUCGAUGGACAAUCCGCCGCCAAGUCGGAUAAAGGCACGCUUGACUCGCAAGAUGUCGUUCUCCUGCACGAUAACCCUCCCUCCUCCGGCGCCCCCCACCACGGACCACCACCACCACCUCCUCCACCUCCUCAUGCUCAAGAUGAACCCAAGAAGCGCCACGGUGGACCCAUGAACGAAGCCUCCCGCGCUGAGCAACUCUGCGCUAUGGCCCAAAGGGAAUGGAAAGGCCGCAUUGAUGGCUUCCUCAGGAUGGAACUGGGCUUCGAGAUCAUCCUCUGCUCCUUCGAGCGCGACCUCGACGUCUCCCGCAUCACGCAGGUCAAAGCAUCGGGAAGGGGCGGUCCACCUGGCCAUGGCGACGACGGCGAUCAAUUCAGCUACUACCAGGCCGUCGCGAGCAGAUUCGACGGCAUCGGCGGUGAUCGCGUCCACAUCAACUACGACGACUUCGUCACGCUCUUCGCAGCCGACGAUGCCCUCUACUUCGAAUCCAAAACCGGCCUUCCACGCGUACGGAACGAAACGGAACUCAUCCGUCCCGUCCAGAAGGCGAUUCGGGAGAUGAUCUGGCGAGACCACGACCACUCUCACCAUGAGAGGAAGCAGCAUAGACCCGUCGACUGGCAAGCAAUCGCGGACAUGGUCAUUGCCCGCUACUCGGAUCGAAUCGAAUACCUCGCCUCGGGCGACCUGCAAGACCUGCGCUCUCUCCAAUCCGAGCUCGACCGCGCCCUGCGCCCUUUCAUCGACUAUGCCGCGCGCGACAGGAACGCAGAGAUCCGCCGCUGCGCAACACAGUACUUCACCCACCUCCCGCGCAAACUCGCGGGAUCUGCUAUCCUCAACGUCACCACAACCCUCUGCUCUGCCCUGACCAAAGCGUCUGAGCAGGAGCUCUACUCCGAUGCUCUCCAGACGGUUCGGGACUUGAAGACCUGGCUGGCUUGGAGCACCUGGAAGAGGUGUAGGGGCUGCGGAUAUCAUGAAGUUUGUUUUGUGCCGAUCUGGCCGAUGGGUGGCGUCGAGGAGUUUGAGAAGCCCCGAUGUGUGGGGAACAUGUCCGAGGCGUCGAGGGGGUAUUGGGGGGAUAAGGAGGGACCGCCAGAUGGACCGAGGAAGGAUUAG